CCUUUGCUUCAACGGGCGAGGUUAUUUGAAAGGCUUUCUUCUCUCUAGUUGAUGAGAGGUUUCUUGGAUUCGAGGGUUUCGAACCUCUCGAUCUGAGAUCUUUUGAUUCUUUAGGCGAUGAGCUAUUCUUGGAUUUCAUCAAUCUCUUUGCGGUUGUGAAGGGGUUUGAAGGGAUUUUUGGUGUUUGAUUUUGGAUUUUGGGAGUUGGAGAUGAUUUUUGGAGGAGAUGGAUUGUGUGAAGUUGGAGCAGAAUUGUGUGGAGAAUAGGCAGUCUGCUGUUGCAUCCAGCUCUUCACACUCUGAUGCGAGUUUUGGAUCUUCCAGGAGGUCGCCGGCUGCGUUUAGCCCUGUGAACUCCUCCCCAUCGCAAAGGCGAACCAGUGGCCCUAUAAGACGUGCGAAGGGUGGUUGGACACCGCAGGAGGAUGAAACUUUGCGGAAUGCUGUUGAAGCUUACAAGGGAAGAUCUUGGAAGAAAAUAGCUGAAUACUUUCCAGAUAGAUCAGAAGUACAAUGUCUUCACAGAUGGCAAAAAGUUCUCAAUCCAGAACUCAUCAAGGGUCCUUGGACUCAAGAGGAAGAUAAGAAGAUUAUUGAGCUCGUAGCCAAGUAUGGUCCAACAAAAUGGUCUGUUAUAGCAAAGUCCUUGCCUGGCCGCAUAGGCAAACAAUGUCGAGAAAGGUGGCACAAUCAUUUAAAUCCAUCAAUAAAGAAAGACGCUUGGACACUAGAAGAAGAACUUGCACUAAUGAAUGCUCAUCACAUACAUGGAAAUAAAUGGGCUGAAAUUGCAAAGGUUUUGCCUGGAAGGACGGACAACUCAAUAAAAAACCAUUGGAAUAGUUCCUUGAAAAAAAAGCUAGAGUUCUAUUUGGCCACUGGUAAACUUCCUCCAGUUCCAAAGCCUGGAGUGCAGAAUGGCAUUAAAGAUGUAACUAAAGCAUCCAAUGGGCAAGCAAUUUCUUGUUCUAAUAAUGAUUUGGUGAAAAGCAGAAGUGUGUCAUCUGAAAUUUCAGAUUCCUCUUGGAAAUUUGAAGAUCACAAGGGUUGGUUCAAGUCAUCCUCUAAACAAAUUGUUGCUGCAGAAACUUUAGAAGUACCUUUGAGUGAAAGCCGUAACUCUGAUGCUGUCGGCAGGAAGGUUCAGGAUACCAUCAAUAGGUCUGAACUAAGAUUCACUUUAGGAUCUUGUAGUAGUUAUAAUGAAAAUUAUCAUGAGAACAAGAUCGCUGAAGCAUUAGUGCAGCCUAAAACUCCUGACCGUAAUUCUUUGUGUUACAAACCACCCGAGUUAGAAUGUUUGCAUGGAUCCUCAGCUUUGACCCUGCUUGAUGCAUGUAGUUCCGUCCAGAAGGCAUAUGAUUCAUUGAUUGUUUCAUCACCAGCUGGCUAUUUUACUCCGUCUUUGGUGGAAAGAAAAGGCUCAGCUGAACCAAGUGUGGAAGUUAUUUUGCGAAAUGCUGCUGAUAGCUUCCCACUUACUCCAUCUAUUUUAAGAAAACGAAGAAGUAAAACAUGUGCUGUUCUUCCUCCUGAUAGAGCUGCAAUGGCUGACAGGAUAAAAACACCUGAGAGUUCAUGUUCUCGUGAAGGAGAUAUUGCAGCAGACUCAGAAAAGUCUUCAAAUUUCAGGUUGUGUUCAAGUGAUUGCAGUCAUAACGAAGCUGCCCCAUGCAAUGCAAAUAAGUUUGAUUUCUCUCCUCCAUACCGGUUGAGCUCUAAGCGAGCUCCAUUGUUGAAAUCUGUGGAGAAACAUCUUGAUUUUACAUCAGAAGAGGACAAAUUUAAUGUUAAUGUUGAUACGAUGAGCUUGAGUAUUCAUGGGAAUUCUUGUAGUACUGAUUCCACCCUUGUGCGAGCACAAGCCAGCAAACUGAAUGAACGGAAAGUUGGCUUAGAAGGUUUAAGUGGUGAGUUCACAUAUGUGACCAAGAUGGGUGUAACCUGACGUGCUACUAAGCUAGUUUGUAUACUGCAGCAGUUCCAGUUUCCGGUUAUCUUCUUUGAACAAAGCCCUUAAUGAGAAUUUGGAAGUUUUUGGAAUCACAGGUCUGAUGGGGAUUGAUAUUGCACAGGUGCACACACUAUUUGCUCAAACAUUUGUUUACUGAGAUGCUAAAAGGAGAAAGAUUGCAAUUUUUUUUUUUCUUUUUUUUAUAAACUAAUUAUGGGGGGCCAAGCUUCUCAUGCUGUUGCCCUCAAGUGUGUACAAUGUCCAAUAAGGAGGGUCAAGAUGUGGUAAAUUAAAAUUGUUAGUGGUGGCAUAACAGCCUUCAUUAGAAUACGAGCUGUUAAAGCGCAUUUGUAUCUUUUUUAUUUUCUUAUUCAUCACGUUGGCAACACAUUAUUAUUGCCAUUGUUUUUUUAAUCCAGUAGAACCAAGUUAUUUAAUUCAAUUUGCAUGCAAAUUUCAGGCACAGUGGGAUGCAUUUCUAGCUGUCCGGAAGUUCAUUUUCA